UCCUGAAUAUACAGCGGCCCUUCCAGGAAACGCAAUCCUCUCCUCGCGCCGUCCGCCCAACCGCUCGAGCCGCCGGCCCGCGGUCGCCCGGCCUCCCCGCGCUCUCCCUUGCUGCUCUGCCUCCAUCCCUGCCCUCGCGUAGUGCGCCGCCGGCGGUCCUGGACUGCACCCGAAGCGCAGAGCGGCGCCGCCGCCGGUAGAGAAUGAGGAAGCGGCGGUCGGCCGCCGGAGACCGUCGCCGAUUCGGCUCCGCCCGCACCAGAUCCGCUGCCCUCCGUGCCUGAUCCACUCGAGGGAAGACCGGAUCCGCGCCGGGGAGGGCCUGAUUCCGCCGGAGCCGACGUCCUUCGCCGCCGCCUCGUCGUGUUUUCCAUCCGGCCGGGGAAGACAAGUCUGGGUCGCCGCGGUGCCCUCGCGUCCACCCCGCCCUCGCGGCCGUCCGGCGCCGCGAGGACAUCCUGGAGAAGGGGGCCGUGGCGCGCCGUGGGCGGAAGCGGCGGCGGCGGAGUUCACCGGUCAAGGCGGCCACAUCGGAGGAGAGUUCCACCGCGCGGUCCGGCAGGCAUCGUCCCAAACUCAGGAUGGACCCUAACCAGUCCAAUGAUGGGUCGCAGGGAGGUUUUCCUGGUGGCAACAUGCCUCCCUACCCGGCUGCUUGGAACCCGUACAUGUAUGGGUACCAAGCUCCUUCAUCCUGGUUCCCCCAAGGUUUCCAGCAGGUUCCACCCCAUGUCGCAAUGGGGCAGCCAGGUAGCAGUGGGCAACAAGUGUAUCCUCCGGCUGAAAACAUUGAGGUAGAUGAGGUGGAACCACAGCUCUCCCCCGAGCAUACAAGAAAACGAAAGAGCACAAAGAAAUGCGUCACUCGUAUCAAGUUAGGCAAUUUCAACCCAGACGAAGAUACAUACCUUGUCAAAUCAUGGCUUGAAAUAAGUGCUGACCCAGUAACAAGUACUGGACAAAAAAGUUCUCGCAUGUGGGAAAGAAUUCUGGAUAGAUACAACUUGAAGAGGGGAUCAAACCCAGAAAGGAGUGUCAGGUCUCUACAGAGCCGCUGGGACAAUAUCAAGGGUGAAGUCGGGAAGUUUGCAGCAUUCCAUGCUGAUGCCACUCGAGAGAAUCCUAGCGGCAUGUCGGAUUCCGAUAAGACCACUAUUGCAGCGGCUAAUUUUGCUGCUGUCUACAAGCACAACUUUCCAUACAUGCACUGCUGGAAUAUUAUGAAGUAUGAGCCGAAAUGGCAGGAUCCGAAGCCCAGAUCAGUUCCAAAGUCCAGUGCUUGGCCACUUGCUUGGAGGCGUGCACGUUGUAGGGACUGGUCUGUGAGCAAGCCUCGGCCGCCGCCCAACACGCCUAGUUCAUCUGUUCUUCACGAGCAGCAACCCAAAAAGCAAAAUGUAAUCAAUUUCGUUCUCUUCGUUACCAACCGACAAGAAUCAAAUCCAUUGCUUGCCACAUACCGACAAGAAUCAAAUCCAUUGCUCACCACAUACCGACAAGAAUCAAAUCCAUUGCUCACCACAUACCUGGCCGCGAGCAGAGGAGGAAAAGGCCCUUGGGCUCGCCCAAGGCUGCGGAAGGGGAGCGGCGCCCUGCUCCGCCCAAAUCCUCCCUGUCGUGGCCGCGCGCGCGAAGAAGGCGGAGGAGGACGGGGCGGAGAGGGCUCGUCGGGGGCCGCCGCCUUCAGGAGAGGGGAGCCGGGAGCAGAGAGUACCUUUGCGUCGCCCUGCGCCGUGCGGACCUCAACUGCAGCCCUGUGUGGGCCUUCGCCUGCGCUGCCGCCCCGCCCAGCCGUUCCCCGCGCGCCGCACGCGGGUGUCCGCCUCCUCGCGCCGGCGCCAAGCUCUGCUGCCGGCCCGCGACCGCUCUCCACUGCCAGACUCUGCUGCCCACGAACCGAAUCGAGUCGGCGAGGAGGGCACGCCGCCGGCAGGGGGCCUGUCCCGCGCGUGCCGGCCGAGCUCGGCGAGCGAAUGGGGUGGAGGGAGGUGUCGUCGGGAAGCGCCGAGCUCGAGUGCCGCCGGGGAAGGGGGCACCAGCGUGGGAGGGAGUGGCGUCGAGGGGCCGCGGCUGUCGGAGCUCGUGCCUCCGUCGCGACCCGCGCUCGGCCGAGCCUCCGUGAGAGAAAGGAGGAGAGAGACAGAAGGGGUGGGAUAAAAAAAUAACAGUGUAUGACAUGUGGACCCAUGUGCUGGUAGUUGGGAUUGGGGAUGAGAUAGAGUAUGGAUAGGUGCAGUGAAACUGAAUAUGGAGGAGAGAAUUUCGCUGACCAGGAUGGAAUAUUUUUUUUAGUUGAUGGAUUUAGAGUA